UAUAAUUCAUUACUUGCAAGUACCGAGAACGAGAACCAUCUAAAGAAAUGCAGUUGACACAUAAACUGAACUCGAUCAAUCUUGCUCUUGUCAUUUCUGCCAUCUCUACCUGAUCGUGUCUUCCAUCCUUUCCACCAGACUGAAGAAGAUACCUGCUCCGUGUCUCCCUAGUUGGUUUCUCAAGCUGGAGUCCCAUCCACGGCAGUUGCAAUGGAGAUGGCUUCAACCUCAACCCCCCAGGUGAAGUUGACAGGCGCGACUUGAUCGCAGCAUAGUACGACACGGCACAUAUGAUUGGCUAAGACUCUAUUGCUUCUGCUCCUGUUUCUGCUGCCACGUUCACUAUGCAACCUGCUCAAUAUGUGCACGAAACCCCCAUCAUGUCCAUUCAACCUUUGCCACCAGCGGUCAUUGCCCAGAUCAAAUCCUCCAUUGCCGUUACCAGCCUCAAUGGCGUCAUCUGCGAACUCGUCAAGAACUCGCUCGAUGCUGCUUCGACGAAACUAGAUAUCAGUGUCGACUAUGCGAAAGGAGGUUGUGUCGUAGAAGACAAUGGUGUGGGCAUACCACCCUCAGAAUUCAGGGAUGGUGGGGGACUUGGGAAGCUACACUGUGAGACACUUUUUUCCGAAAACAAAAGGUCCCGAGCAUCAAGCUAAUGUUGGUACUCUAGACUCUUCCAAGCUAAAUAGCAAAACUCUGCUCCAUGGAAGGAAAGGGGCCUUUCUCGCUUCCCUUGCGGCCGUCGCCCUGCUGACCAUCACAUCGCACCACCACAAGCACCACUCCCAUAAUUCCAUUGCCAUGCACAAGUCCGAAGUGAUUUCGCGACAGACGCCAACUCCUUCUCACCAGCAUCUUUUGAAUACCGACCAUGGUACGCGGGUCACAGUACGAGAUUUGUUUGGUAAUAUGCCCGUCAGAGUGAAGCAGAGGGCAAUAACGGCCGAGAAAUAUCGGGGCAACAAUAAACAUUGGGAGGAGCUGAAGCGAAGUAUUGCUUUACUUUUGCUUUCGUGGCCGGAACCGGUUGCUGUCACUAUACGAGAGGUGGGAACUUUGCAGAAGAUUGUCAUCAGGCUCCCGCCUGCUGCACCAAACAAAAAGCCCAGUAUUCCAAAGGUAUGCAGUAUAUUGUCACAGGCAGCUAUCGUAAAUCCCGAUGAGACCUCCUCUUGGGUUGAGGUUUCAGCCUCGACUGAUCAAUUAAAAGUAUGGGGAUCAAUUUCCUUAGACCCCUUAGCGACUAAAAAUGUCCAAUUCCUUUCUUUUGGUAUACAACCUCUUUUGCCUGCCGAUACACAAAGUCUUAUACACGUUGAGAUUAACCGACUAUUUGCAAAUUCUGCCUUUGGUAACGAAGACGAGGCUGAGGAACUAGAUGAUUCCGAACGCCAGCGACGAAAAAAUGAUGCGCGCUACAAAUCCGACGGCUAUACUAACCGAGAAUUGAAGGGUGUAAAAAAGGGGGUAGAAAAAUGGCCCAUGUUUUAUAUCAACAUACGGCAAAGGACCGUUUCUCAGACUUCUCAGGGAUUAGAUGUGGAUAGUGUAUUGGACGAUAAAGGAAGCAAUCUUGGAAUCAUUUUGGAGUUGCUACAGGCCAUGAUAUCCGAGUUUCUUACACGCCAUCAUUUUCGACCAAAGAAUCGGCGAAAGGUUCGUUUUGACCCAGAUACCAAGGGCUCCAGCAACGAGUCACCACAGGCAGAAAGAGCAUCAGCACACAGCCAUGAAAUUACCGAGAUCGAGCGUCCAGCUUCAGUUCCUACUCGAAGUCGCCAUUCAAAGUCCAAACGCCAAAAGAGCGGCUUUUCUAAUAGAACAAGCUCCCCACUUCACUCAGGCGAUUUGUCGGGAACAAACAUCAAGCUUCCAUCAUUUCGGCGAACGUCAGCACCUCCGGAAUCACCAUUCGAAAAUUGGUCUAAAGUGAAAAAGGGUAAUGCGGUUCUCAGCUCUAAUCCAUAUAAGCAAAUUUCUGACCCAGAACCACGAACUAUUGAAUCUGGUCAAGUCGUGGCGAAGCCAUCCAGUAAUAGCACACCCAAAUCCACGGCUCAAAAAUCAAAACAGCCCCCUCUUUUAUCUUCAACUGGCAAGAUCAUACGUCGUCCGUUCGCAGAUGUGGAAUCAGCAACCUUUCCUCGCACUCUGACAAGUUCUACUAGCGCAACAAAACAGCUUCAGUCCUCACCGCAGAAUCAAAUACCGUUGAUAGAUCACUCUAGUGAUGAUGAUAUAGUGGAAUGGAUCAAUCCUACCACCAAGGUGAAAUCUUUGGUUAAUCGGAGAACUGGCCAUACUGUGCCAGCAAGGCCGCAAUCAAAAAGUAGCCUUCCUCCUAGGCCUAUGCUUUCAGAAGGACCUGCUUUCUCGAGGUCCAAUAUCCAGAGAGAAAUUGACACAUCUACAGAAGAGCCCAGUCCAUGGUUGAAAACACUCCUUGAAAAAUGGGAUAAUCCUGUAUUUGCUUCAGCACAACUACCAAUACCACAAGUGUCAAUUGAUGAGUUUGCUGAAACAACUCGUCAUAUGAUUCACGGCCAUCAGCAUGUCUGCACUCAAAUCGACAUUGAUCGCGCCCUCAAAGAUUCGUCUGGAAUAAAUGGACGUAUUUCGAAACAAGCAUUACUAAAUGCAGAAAUCAUCUCGCAAGUUGACAAUAAGUUCAUACUGGUCAAGCUUAAUACUAGCCACUCAAAUGCAUCUCAAUCAGACGAAAAUGAGAUGCUUGUCAUCAUAGACCAACAUGCCGCAGAUGAACGGAUCCGAAUUGAAAAUCUGCUCGAAGAACUUUGUACCCCAAAUCCCAACUGUUCUGAAGCUGGUAUUCUAACCACUACUUUGGAGAAAACGAUUCAUUUCGAAAUUUCGUCUAGAGAGAUUGAGUUACUUCGCACCCACCGACAGCAUUUCUCAAGAUGGGGAAUUCUACUUGCCCUCCCUCCAUUUGGCUCCUUACCACAAAGUACCGAGAAGAGCAAAGGGAAAACUCUACAAAAGAUCACAGUAACAAGUCUACCCCCCGGCAUCACGGAAAGAUGCAAAUCCUAUCCCCGUCUCCUCAUCGACCUCAUCCGCACCGAAGCCUGGAAAUGCGAAGAGAAAACCACCAUCCCCUAUCUACCCAAAAAUGAAAACGAGAAUGAAAACGAAAAUGAGGAACAACCCACAUGGUUCAAACAAAUCCACACCUGUCCACGGGGGAUCCUCGACCUUUUGAAUUCAAGAGCGUGUAGAAGUGCGAUUAUGUUUAAUGACCCCCUGACGCGGGAGCAGUGUGAGGGUCUUGUGAGCAGGUUGGCGGGUUGUGUGUUUCCUUUUAUGUGUGCGCAUGGACGGCCGAGUUUGGUUCCUUUGGUUGGGCUUGGGGUUGGGGGUUUGGUGCUGGGGGAACUGGGGGGUUAG